UUUGGGUAUUUGCGGUUUCACGUGGUAGCUGAAGUUUAGUACCCCAAAUCUGGGGUAUGCUUGUCUCUAGCAGAAAAAACGUGGAUCCGCUGCUGUUUGCCUUGUUCCUGCAUGUGAAAAUUGUGCCUAUUUCUUCAGGUCUGUGGACGUGAGUUUUACAUUGGAGUUAGAGGCAGCAUUUUUGACACACUUUGCAGAGUGGUGUGGUCCUGACAAGCUUCUUCUGGUGUCAGUAACAGACCUUUUACCAUGAGCAAUUCUACUCCAACUACAGAUAAUGAGAAGAAGAGUAAAGGAGACAAAUUGCCAGGUUCCCCUUCACGCGUCCUUCAUAUUCGUCAUAUUCCAAGUGGUGUGUCUGGAGCAGAAGUUGUUUCAUUAGGUUUCCCUUUUGGCAAAGUAACCAAUCUCUUGAUGCUACGAGGAAAAGGACAGGCAUUUUUGGAAAUGGCUUCUGUAGAUGCUGCUGUUUCUGUGGUGAACUACUACACUCCUGCUCCACCUCUUCUCCACAAUCAGCCAGUUUAUAUUCAGUAUUCCAAUUACAAGGAACUUCGGACUAACAAUCAACGUCAUCAGGCUAGAUCUCAAGCUGCAUUGCAAGGUGUGAAUGCUGUGCAGCAUGGAAACCUGGGUAUCACAAGUCCUCUUGCUGCUGAAGGUGGGGUCCUUCCGAGUCAUGGUUCUGUUCUUCGAAUCGUUGUUGAAAAUGUUUUUUACCCUGUCACUUUAGACAUCCUGUAUCAGAUUUUCUCUAAAUUUGGCUUUGUCUUGAAGAUUGUCAUGUUCCAUAAGAACAAUCAGUUUCAAGUUCUGCUCCAAUUUGCUGAUGCAACGAAUGCAUAUCAUGCCAAAAUGUCUCUGGAUGGCCAUAGUAUCUACAAUGGGUGCUGCACUCUGCGUAUUGAUUUUUCCAAGUUAACCAACCUAACAGUGAAGUACAACAAUGACAAAAGUAGAGAUUUCACUCGUAUUGACCUUCCUUUUGGUGAUGGCCAACGAACCAUAGAAACGUCCUUAUCUACUCCCUUUGCCACCCAAAAUACCGUCUUUCCAUCAUAUACAGGACCUCCUGGGUUUGCCCCAGUCUUAGGCUUUCCUCAGGGAGCAGGUCCUUCUGUUCUGCCUGUUCCAGGAGCACUUGGUCCUCUCACGGUCACCACAUCAGCAGCACCUGGACACAUGAAUGUUCCUGGUGUUCCAGGAAACUCUGUUUUACUAGUCAGCAACCUCAACCCUGAAGCCAUCACACCUUAUGGACUUUUCAUCCUAUUUGGUGUGUAUGGUGAUGUGCAUCGUGUGAAGAUCAUGUUUAAGAAAAGAGGAAUUGCUUUGGUUCAGAUGGCAGAUGCAAGUCAGGCUCAAUUAGCUAUCACCUACUUGAAUGGACAGAGGCUUUAUGGAAGGGUCAUGCAUGCUACUCUUUCAAAAUAUCCGACAAUUCAACUUCCUCGUGAGGGACAAGAGGACAAAGGUCUGACAAAGGACUAUAGCAACAGCCCUUUACAUCGCUUUAAGAAUCCCUGCUCUAAGAACUUCCAAAAUAUCUUUCCUCCAUCUGCCACCCUGCAUCUCUCCAACAUCCCGAAUUCUGUCACUGUUGAUGAUUUGAAGAACCUUUUUACAAGUAAAGGAUCUACUGUGAAAGGCUUCAGAUUUUUCCAGAGUGAUUGCAAAAUGGCUCUUAUCCAGCUGGGCUCUGUGGAAGAAGCAGUUCAUGCUCUCAUUGACCUUCACAAUCAUGACUUUGGAGAAAACCAACAUCUCAAAGUUUCCUUCUCAAAAUCUUCAAUCUGAAUUUUCUGUGAAUUUUCCCUUUAAGGCUGCAUAACGGUUUUAGUAAAAUCUUCAAGUAGAGACUGAGGCAGCUGUGACUGCUCUGUCUCUUCAAAGAAAAACCUUAUUCAUACAUAAAGAAUUAAGUGAUGAUUUUUUCUGAUUUUAGCUGCAAGUAUGUCAUCCAUAGAAAGAUUAUUCUAUGAAAUAGUUUUAGCAACAAUAUUUAUCAUCAAAUUUCCUACUUAUAAUUUUAUUUUGAGAACAUCCUUUCAGCUUUUGUUGAAAUCAGCCCUACAAAACAAUUUAGUGCUUUCACAAUGUUCCAAAUGAGUAUGUUUAAUGAAAAGGUAAAUCUACUCUGUGCAGAUUAAACACUAAUUUGAAUGUGAAA